AUGCAUCAACUCAUUGGCUCACUACCUCAUCGUUCUCUGGCAAAUCUUGCGAAUAAGUAUGGUCCAUUCAUGCACCUUAAACUUGGACAAGUUUCUCAUAUCAUAGUGUCUUCACCAGAAUAUGCCAAAGAAAUAAUGAAGAACCAUGAUCAGAUCUUUGCAAACAGACCCAGAAUUCUUGCCUCUGAUAUCUUUGCCUACGAUAGCACAGACAUCAUCUUUUCCCCAUAUGGAAACUACUGGAGGCAACUUCGAAAGAUCGGUACUUCGGAGAUUUUCUCAGCAAAGAGGGUUCAAUCAUUCAGAAGGAUCAGAGAAGAGGAGGUAUCAGAACUCGUAAGGAAUAUUGCUGAACAUGAAGGCUCUUUCAUGAACCUUAGUAGAAAAAUCUCCACGCUCACGAAUUCCGUAGUUGCGAGAACGGCCUUUGGGACAAAGACAAAGAACGUAGACCAGAUGCUGCAAAUUAUGGAGCAAUCGAUAAAGCUAAGCUCUGGGUUAUCAAUUUCUGAUUUGUAUCCGUCGCUGAAAUUUAUCAGCGUCAUCACUGGGACGAGAGCUCGAAUUAUGAAGGUGCACAAAGAUGGAGAUAAGGUGUUUGAUGACAUUAUCAGAGACCACAGAGAAAAGAAAAGAAAUAAUGAUGGAGACACUUAUCGUGGAAAACAUGAAGGCUCUUUCAUGAACCUUAGUAGAAAAAUCUCACGCUCACGAUUCCGUAGUUGCGAGAACGGCCUUUGGGACAAAGACAAAGAACGUAGACCAGAUGCUGCAAAUUAUGGAGCAAUCGAUAAAGCUAAGCUCUGGGUUAUCAAUUUCUGA